GGCCGCAAACGAGUCGCAGGUGAAAGAGAGGGGCUCUCGAGUUCUCCGCGCUUCCGGAUCCAAGGUUUCAUCUCAUUUAGGUACAGAAGGAAACAAAUGGCUGCCCACAAGAUCGCACAUGCCACCCUGAAAGGACCGAAUGUGGUCAAGGAGAUCUGCAUCGGAAUCACACUGGGCAUUCUCGCUGGUAGUGUGUGGAAGAUGCAUCACUGGAACGAGCAGAAGAAGACCAGAGCCUUCUAUGAUAUGCUCGAGAAGGGCGAGAUCAGUGUUAUCGCCGCCGAGGAAUAGCUUACAGAUGUCUUUCAUGCUGUGAAGGAUGUGUAGUUCGACAACAUUUCUCUCCAGCAUGGAGCAGAAUCAUAUAAAUUGUUUUGCUUUCUGGUUGGACCAUCGAACAAAUUCAGAUCAUGGAUCUCGAGAAACUUUGCGUACUCUUUGCAUUGAAAUGGAAUGAUUAUUGAAUUUUUUUAUUAA